AUGUAUUACAGAAUCGGCAACUCCAAAAAAGCUGCCAAACUUAAAGCAGCAAGUAAAGCAUUAAAGUCAUUUAUUCAGUUCCCAACUAAUGGUACAUCUUUUGCCAAGAAAACUGCCCCAGGUACGAGACUGGAUUUUAUAUCAGAUCAAGUCAUUAACAAGAAAAAUGGCAACAUCGUCAUUAACAACGAACAAAGCACUUAA